AAUCCUCACCAGGGGGGAUGGCGGCCCCACAGCGGCCGUCAAGGAGGAGAGUCCCCAGGCAGCUGCCUUCACGGAGGCCAUCUGUGCCCACCUGGGAGGCCGUGCCCCCAAUAAACACCCCGGCUGUGGAUCCCAAGUUAACCGAGCCAAUGAAAGCAGAAUCAAACUUUCCAUUCCAGUCAACUGAACCUGUGAAAGUUCCCAAUCCGGCCAAGCAGGUCCCAGAAGGUGCGGCGUCCAUGCACCCCGUGAUGGUGCUGCACCAGAUGAAGCCUGGCCUGCUGUACAACACUAACCAGACCACCAGGGAUAACAAGCCUUUCUUCACCGUCACCGCCGACAUCGAUGGCAAGGAGUUCUCAGGCAAGGGGACAAAUGUGAAGAAAGCCAAGUUCUUCCUGGCCAACACAGCAAUACUGGGACUGUACGGGGUAGAAUCCACCUUUGAGAUCUCCGCUUAAUGGAAGUACUAGCUGCCUGGGUACUGGCGGCGGUGUGCGGGGCAGGCGGUCCCUCGCACACGUGGCUGUAGAGUCUGCUACGUGAUAAUGACAAAGUAGAUAGGUAGCUACAUAGUAUUUUAACCUGAAGUCCUGUCUGUGAGUGUUGUCUUGUAUGUUGCUGCUUGCUGAAGGCAGGGAAUGUACUGAACUGGAGGGGCAGGGCCUGAGUGGCUUACAAAACUCCUGUGGAAGGGAAGUGAUGGUCUGUGCUAAAUGUUGCAGUCUGACGAGUGACGUGGAAUUCAAUUUUUCCACGUGUAAAUUCUUCCAGUCCAGUGUUUACCUUUAUUUUGUUCCAGCUCUGUUACUUAGUGCCAGAGUUAGAAGACUGACAUUUAACGGAAUUCUUAUUUAUGAUUUUGACGUACUUUCUUUUCCCAUUUAUUUACUUAGCCCGUGAAGUGUGGGUGCUCCUUGUAAAUGGUCGGUGCUGAGCCUGCCAUGAAUGCAAAUGAAAUGCAGCUGAUUGUGAAAGACAGGCACAGGAGAAGGGGUCAGUCACUCAUUCCUGCUUGUGUCAGAUCACUCAUCUAGUGUUCUGCUGUGGAGUGGAGUGGGUGAUGAGAGGGCUGUGGUGAUGGGACAGUGACAGACAAGCCCUACUUACUGAAAACAAAAGUGUGCGAACUCAUCACAUCAACACUUAUUUAGCUUCCUGACAAAAAUGGCAUCCAGUUUCAGAUGUUUUAGGUAUUUAACUCAUCUAUUUAUUUAAAGGUACCCACUCUUUAUGGGUUAAAUGAAAGCUGUACUCUAGUUUAGCAGUCAGUCUCACCACUUGGUUUAAUGUGAGCAGGUAAGGAAGCCCUAGAACCUGGCCGUUGGUUAGGUUCUGGUGACUUCUGGCUGGAAUCUCAGUACCUUAAUUUCUCUUCUGGUUGAAACUUUCUCCUCAAACACAACUGGCUGGAGCUGAGUCCUGGGAUGGUCAGCUGUUUAAAUAUUACUACACAAAAUGUUAUGAGUUUGAAUACAUAAUGAAAAUUUCUUUAAUGUGUAUGUAUGUAAAGGUUAUAAAAGCAAGUAUUUUUUUUCUUUUUCAAUUUUUGUAUAUAAUUGAGGUUAAGAUGAAUUUGAAACAUUGAUUGCAAUUUAUCAAGCUGGUGUUUUUGGUUUUGAAGGAAGUGUAAGUGCAAGAGGUAUGAAUUUGAAACAUUGAUUGCAAUUUAUCAAGCUGGUGUUGGUUUUGGUUUUGAAGGAAGUGUAAUUGUGCAAGAGGUAAUCAUUUGAUGAGAGUGGAAGUAAUGAAGCAGUUUACCACACCAGUAUUGUCAUUCCUGCUCCCUGUGUGUCCACCUUACCUCUCACACCCUGACGUUUGCCUCAACGCCUUCAUUUAUCACCAAUGCAGUUAGGUAAAUUAUCACUUAUUACUAUUUUCUCAUAUGAAUUCAGAAACACUGUCAGCUUAUCAAAUAGUGUAUCUGUUAAUAUAACCUUUUGUAGGCAACUUGUCCUGUAACCACCUAUGACAUAUUAGGCUCAUUUUUGUACCAGCCUCUUCAACAGUUCUAUAGCUUAUGGAAAACUAAAUUAACUUCCUAUUCUCUCAUUUCCUCUGUCCAUACCAGCAGUUCUCAUAGUACUCUCAAUGUUGAAGGAUGAUAGCAGUCCAAGGGCAGAGCUAGUGAGUUCCAGACCCAGCAGAACAUGACUGGUUCCAGACCAUUCCUAAAAAAAAAAAAAAAAAAAAAAAAAAAACCUAAGCUAUGGGUGUACACACUUACCCAGGGGCCCUGAGAAUACUCUAGAGAGUGUACUUAAGUGUAUAUGGGUGUACACACAUACCCAGGGGCCCUGAGAAUACUAUAGUGUACGUAAAUGUAUGUCACGUUUUAAAAAAUUUGUCACCUGUUUUGUAAGGACAGCAUAAGUGAAAUAUUGUUUGCAUGUAUAUCUUGUUUAUCUAGAGCAGAAGAAUUAAAGUUGAGUGCAGUAUUUCAAUGGGCACAGUUGUGAUGCAUUGUGCCAAGGGUGGUGUACUAGCUAGGAUGCACAGGAGGGCGGUGAGAAGAUGCCUGAUGCUGCAAGUGUUGGGAGGACCUGAUGGAAUGGAUAGCUUGGCUCUUAGUGAUGUACCUUCAUUAUGUUGUGCUGUUGAGGUCAGAAGUCACGUCACGAGCUGCAUUUUCCUCUACCCAGCUGUGCGUUUCAAGUCCAAGAACCUGCUGAGAAUCUGACAAAACCCGAGUGAUUUUCAGCAGAUCAGGGGAAGGAAGAACCGAAUACAGAGAGUAAAUGAAGAGCACUGACUCGAUUUCUGACCAUGACUGUAUGUACUCUCCCAUAGCAUUACAUUGUAUACUGAAAUGGGUUUGCCUGGUUGAACACGUAGCACCGUACCACAACCAUUACACACUGCCAUGACUGAGUCUGUCCAUGCUAGUCCUCGAAGUAUUGUGUUUUUAAGCUAAUUUGCACUAUUGUUAUGGAAAGUCCUAACCUCUCAGGCAUAGUGUGUAGUUUGGGGACACUUGGUUCAUUCUACAUGGCAUGCUACUGAAAAACUGAAGUAAACAUGGAAAUUUUAAA